AUGAACAACGUCGAGCUCGACCACAAGUUCAUCUUCACCGCUCCCAGCAACAAGCUCGACAAAAUCGAGACAAAGCGGAAGGGACUCGUCAACCAGGGCCGAGCCGUUCCGCCGGCUGAGGCGCCGACACUCACAUCGUUUUUGACCACCACCAAGAAGACCAAGAUCAUCGCGAUGUAUAACUUCAAGGGAGGUGUCGGUAAGACGACGCUGGCUGUCAACACGGCGGCAGCGCUCGCGCAAGAUGGCAAGCGCGUCCUCAUGGUGGACGCCGAUGCACAGACGAACCUGACGUCGUUCCUGAUGCCGCCUGUUACCUCAACCGGCGACGACGAGGACUCAAGCGGACCAGCGCCAGCGAACGGCCAGGCCCUCUUUGACAAGUCCGACCGCGUCAAGGCUAAGGCUAUUAACGACGCACCCGACGUCAGGAUGUUUGACAAGUCGAUCUUUACCAUCAACUCGAUCGACGACAUCCACCAGGCCCUCGCCGGCCCUUUCCAAGAGAACGACGCGGCGCUCACGCCACCGGAGAAGUACUUUCAGCCGCUGCCAGACACGUUUGGAGACAGGCUCCUUCUGAUCCCCGGCUCGCCGCACUUGUUCGACUACGACGGCGACAUCUCAAAGUCUGCGAACGGCAGCGACGAGAUUAUGAAGCACACCGCCUUCGGCAACCUGAUGCGGAUGGCCGCCUACGCCACCGACGCAGACUACGUCAUCAUCGACCUCGGCCCCUCCUCGUCUUACCUCAACAAGGUCAUCCUGAUGUCGUGCGACUACAUUCUGCCGCCGAUGUUUCCCGACUUCUUCUCGCUCUCAUCCUUGCACUCGCUGCUGCACGUGAUGCUGCCAAGCACCAUCAGUGUGCUGAAGGAACUGAAGAAGAAGCGCGACGAUAAGUACGACGUCGCAGCCGACAAGGCCCUCUCCAAGAUCAAGGCCUUCGGCUACACCUACACGGACAAAAAAGGGCCAACGGUCUUGCCCUUCCUGGUGACCAACUAUCGCAAGAAAGGCAGCGCCGUCGUCGGCGCCCCCUUCUCCCCACAAACCAGCUCGCCAGCGCAAGUCGACCCGAGCGAGGACACCUUCGGGCCCGAGUGGGUGACCAACGGACCAGGCAAGUUCAUCGCCUCGAUGCGCGAGCUGGUCAAGAAUUUCCAGACCAAGACCGACUUGAAGCCAGCCAAGGAUGUCAAGGAGUUGCUGAAGGCCGACGCCGACGGAGAGAUGAUCAUCCCCAUCCUUCGCUCGCUGCCAAAGCUGAUGGCAGAGUCGCAGGAGACGGGCGUCCCGGCAGUCACGAUGACACGCGAUUGGUGGGUGAACACGGUCAAGCCGCAGAUGGAUUGGUGCGCGACGGGCUCGCGAAAUCGUUCCCGAACAAUCUCGAGCUGA